UUUUCAAACUGCUCUGAAUAUCAUUUAAAGUGGGGGAUCGUAAUUCAAUCUGCACAUUUUCUGUGGAAUAUUCAAUAUGGUAAACUUUAAAUAAUUUUCCCGUCGUUUUGUUCUGCUGGAAGUUUUCAAUCUCCAUUAUUUUCAUUUUAAAAUUUGUUUAUCCAGUAAUGUACCAGCUGUAUAAAAACCAUUAGCAUUUUUUCUUGGGCGGGACUGAAGACUUUUCCUCCUAUUGGAGAGAAGUUUUGCCCAUAAACGCGGGCGGACGGAGAUGUCUGGUGGAUUAAGAGAAGAACCACUUCAUUAGAAACGCCGUAUUCGUCUUCUUUAUCAUUAUUAAUUUUUUUGUUUAGUUUUUAAAGUGGAGUACUACAGUUUGUACACUUAAAGGAGAGAACCUCAGCAACAGCAGUAUGUUGCGCGGAAGGCUGCAGACUUUAGCUCUGGGACUAGCCGCUGUCUUGUCGCUGUGUGUCGCUGCUGCGGACGGCUCCGCCGAAGACGGUGACACAGACGAGCAGGUCGUGCCGAGAGCGAGCCGAGCUAAGAGGAGAGGCGGAGGUCCAGACGUACUGAAGGGGCCCAAUGUGUGUGGAUCCCGCUUCAGUGCCUACUGCUGCCCUGGAUGGAAGACCCUUCCUGGAGGGAACCAGUGCAUCGUCCCGAUCUGUCGCAGCUCCUGCGGGGAUGGGUUUUGUUCCAGACCCAAUUUGUGCACCUGCCCCAACGGCCAGACCGCGCCGUCCUGCGGUUCGAUGUCAGUCCAGCACUGUAGUGCUCGCUGCAUGAAUGAGGGCAGCUGUGUGGAUGACCGCUGCCAGUGUCAGAAUGGCUUCAGUGGGGCAAACUGCGGCCAGCCGGUGUGUGAAAUGGGCUGUUUGAACGGGGGGCGCUGCAUCGCCCCUAACCGCUGUGCCUGCACCUACGGCUUCACUGGAGGCCAGUGUGAGAGAGAUUACCGGACUGGGCCGUGCUUCGCCUCCGUUAGUAACCAGAUGUGCCAGGGCCAGCUGACGGGCAUCGUGUGCACCAAGGCUCUGUGCUGUGCCACUGUGGGGAAAGCCUGGGGCCACCCCUGCGAGAUAUGCCCCACCCAACCCCGGCCCUGUCGCCGUGGUUUCAUCCCCAACCACCGAACGGGAGCCUGUCAAGAUGUGGAUGAGUGCCAGGCUGUUCCAGGACUAUGUCGGGGAGGGAACUGCGUCAACACGGUCGGCUCCUUCGAGUGCAAGUGCCCCGCAGGACACCGCUUCAGCGAGCUCACUCAGAAAUGUGAAGAUGUGGAUGAGUGCACUACCGUCCCAGGGGUCUGUCUUGUGGGCGAGUGUGCCAAUACUGCCGGGAGUUACUUCUGCAAGUGUCCCCACGGGUACUUCACUCCUGCCGAUGGUUCCAGAUGCAUAGAUGUCCGGAGUGGCUACUGCUACACUAGCCUGCUGAACGGCCGCUGUGCCAACCAGAACUCUCAGCUCCUCACUAAGAUGCAGUGCUGCUGCGAUAGUGGAAGGUGCUGGUCCUACGGGCUCACCCCAGAGAUAUGCCCCGCCCGGGGAACAGUGGAGCACCACGGACUGUGCUCUCAGGUCCAGCUUGUUGUACCUGGGCUGCCAGAUGGCUCUGUUCCCGGUCAAGUUCCAGGUCAGGUUCCGGGUCAGGUUCCGGGUCAGGUUCCCGGUCAAGUUCCAGGCCAAAUUCCGGGUCAAAUUCCGGGUCAAGUUCCUGGUCAAUUUCCCGGCCCGAUUGUCGGUCCGGACGGUCGGCCCCUGUACCCCUAUCAACCUCAGCAACCUCAGCAACCUCAUCAGCCCCACCGCCCCCAGGUGCCAGUCUGGCCAGAUUUGCCCCAACCUUCCAUCGUUCUGCCCCGGAACCUCACCACCAUGUGCGAGGCCUACAGGAACCUGUGCCUGAACGGCCGCUGUGUCCCCGUUCCCGGGAGCUACCGCUGCCAGUGUAACAUGGGCUUCAAGCUGGACCUGAGGGAGGAGUGCAUCGAUGCGAACGAGUGUGAGGGGAAUCCCUGUAACCACGGGGAGUGUGUCAACACCGACGGCUCGUACUUCUGCCACUGUCCUCCCGGCUUCCAGAGCACCGCCACCAGGACAGAGUGCCGAGAUCUGGACGAGUGCCAUGCAAACGGGCGAAUCUGCAACAAUGGCCGCUGUGUCAACACGGAUGGCAGCUUCCACUGCGUCUGCAACGCCGGCUUUGAGGUUUCCGCCGACGGCAGGAAUUGCCACGAUCAGGACGAGUGCCGCAACAGGAAUAUGUGCAUGAACGGCAUGUGCAUCAACGAGGACGGCAGCUUCAAGUGCAUCUGCAAGCAGGGCUAUCGCCUGGACCCCACCGGCCGGUUCUGCAUAGAUAUUGACGAGUGUGAAACUCAGGGAAUAUGCAUGAACGGCCACUGCAUCAACACGGACGGCUCCUUCAGGUGCGAAUGCAUGGCAGGCCUGGCUGUAGGAUUGGACGGGCGAGUCUGUGUGGACACCCACAUGCGCAGCACGUGCUAUGGAGGCUACAAGCAAGGCCAGUGUGUCAGGCCCUUCUUCCGUGCCGUCACCAAGUCAGAGUGUUGCUGCGUCAACGCGGAGUACGCCUUUGGGGAGCCAUGCCGACCGUGCCCGUCCCUGAGUUCAGCUGAAUACUCCGCUCUCUGCCGCCAUGGACCUGGAAGGGGUUUUGAUGGCUCAGAUAUAGACGAAUGUGCUCUGGAUCCAGACAUAUGUCAGAACGGUGUUUGUGAGAACAUGCCGAGGGGCUACAGGUGCAACUGUAACCUGGGCUUCGAGGUGGACUCGUCGGGCCAGAACUGCAGGGAUAUCGACGAGUGCGCGGUUAACGGCCUGCUCUGCGAUAAAGGCCAGUGCCGGAACACCCCGGGCAGCUUUAACUGCCAUUGUCCCAAGGGCUACAGGUUUGACACGGUGACCGACGUGUGCGAAGAUAUUGACGAGUGUGAGUCGAACCCCUGUGUGAACGGACAGUGCAGGAACAACCAGGGGUCCUUCUUCUGCCAGUGUCCGACAGGCAGCACCACGGACAGCUCUGGGACCCAGUGUGUGGAAACCACCAAAGGAACGUGCUGGCUGAGGCACAUUAACGGGAGGUGUGAGGUCAACAUUAACGGAGCCACGCUGAAGUCUCACUGCUGCUCCACGCUGGGUGAAGCCUGGGGCAGCCCCUGUUCUCCUUGCACCAAAGAUCCUUUUUGUACUAAGGGUUAUGCUCGAGCCAGAGGGACAGUUUGUGAAGAUGUAAACGAGUGCGAGGUGUUUCCGGGAGUCUGCAUCAAUGGGAAGUGUGUGAACACUGAUGGCUCCUUCAUUUGCCAGUGUCCUGGUGGAAUGACUGCGGACUCCACUGGCAGAACUUGCAUCGACCUGCGCACAGAGCAGUGUUAUCUGACUCAUGAGGAUGAGCGGUGUGGAGCAGCCAUCCCGGGGAGGCACCGGGUGGACGCGUGUUGCUGCUCGGUGGGCGUGGCUUGGGGGCUGGAGUGUGAUGAGUGCCCUCAGAAGGGCUCGUCCGAAUACUCCCAGCUCUGCCCCCGCGGGCAGGGCUUCUCCCACCGCAGUGACAUCAUAAUCGGCAAAACCAUCCUGAAAGAUAUUAACGAGUGUAAGAUGAUUCACACCCUCUGCACUAACGGAAGAUGCCGGAACACUGUGGGCAGUUUCAGGUGCCUCUGUGAUAAUGGAUUUGCUCUGGAUAACUAUGAGAGGAAUUGCACAGACAUUGAUGAAUGCCGGAUAAUGCCGGAAGCCUGUGGGCAGGGCACGUGUGUGAACACGCCGGGGGACUUUGAGUGCGACUGCUUCGAGGGCUAUGAGAGCGGCUUCAUGAUGAUGAAGAACUGCAUGGACAUCGAUGAGUGUGAGAGGAACCCUAUGCUCUGUCGAGGUGGGGAGUGUGUCAACACUGAGGGCAGCUUCCAGUGCGUCUGUCCUGAGGGACACGAGAUUGCCCCGGAUGGGUCUGCCUGUCUGGAUAUUAAUGAGUGUGACCUGAGCGACACGCUGUGCAGGAACGGACAAUGUGUGAACAUGAUCGGACGCUACCAGUGCUCCUGUGACACUGGGUACAAAUCUACAGAGGACCUGCUCUCCUGUGUUGAUAUUGAUGAGUGCACCAUCCAGAAUGGGGGCUGUGAUACUUUCUGCACAAACUCAGAGGGGAGCUAUGAGUGCAGCUGCCAAAGUGGCUAUGCCCUCAUGCCUGACCACAGGAGCUGCACAGAUAUCGAUGAGUGUGAGGAGAAUGCAGACAUCUGCGAUGGAGGUCAAUGCACCAAUCUCCCGGGGGAAUACCAGUGCCUCUGCUUCGACGGCUUCAUGGCAGCCGAGGAUAUGAAGACGUGUCUUGACGUGGACGAGUGCGAGUUGAACCAGAACAUCUGUCUGAACGGGAAGUGUGAGAACAGCAAGGGCUCCUUCAUCUGCCACUGCGACCUGGGCUACUCCGUCAGGAAGGGCUCCACGGGCUGCACAGACAUAAACGAGUGUGAGAUCGGGGCUCAUAACUGCCACAGGCAGGGCUCCUGCACCAACACAGCCGGCAGCUUCAAGUGCAGCUGUGGGGCGGGCUGGAUCGGAGACGGGAUCAAGUGCACAGACCUGGAUGAGUGCUCCAACGGCACCCACUUGUGCAACCACAACGCGGACUGCAAGAACACCAUGGGCUCGUAUCGCUGCGUGUGCAAGGAGGGGUUCACUGGAGACGGGUUCUUCUGCAGCGACAGUGACGAGUGCGCGGACAACGUGAACCUGUGUGAGAGCGGCCACUGCCUGAACGUGCCGGGAGGCUACCGCUGCGAGUGCGACAUGGGCUUCAUCCCCACCGCCGACGGGAAGGCCUGCGAGGACAUAGACGAAUGCACGUUUGCUGAUAUCUGUGUCAGCGGGAGAUGCCAGAACAUUCCGGGGCUGUUCAGAUGCGAGUGCUCUGACGGUUUCGAGCUGGACCGGAGCGGAGGGAACUGCACAGAUAUCAACGAGUGUGCUGAUCCGACCAUCUGCAUCAGUGGGAUCUGCGUCAACACUCCUGGCAGCUACCUCUGCAACUGCCCCCCGGACUUUGAGCUGAACCCCACCCGAGUCGGCUGUGUGGACACCAGGUCGGGGAACUGCUACCUGGAUGUGCGGUCUCGUGGGGACAUCUCUGAGGCCCUGGAAUGUUCCAAUGAGAUCGGCGUGGGGGUGGCCAAGGCCUCGUGCUGCUGCUCCCAGGGACAGGCGUGGGGAAACCCGUGUGAGGCCUGCCCCAAGCUCAACUCCUCUGCUUACAAGAUCCUGUGUCCCGGAGGAGAAGGCUUUAGACCCAACCCCAUUACUGUCAUUGUGGAAGACAUUGACGAAUGCCAGGAGCUCCCAGGUCUGUGCCAGGGAGGAACCUGCAUCAACACGUUUGGCAGCUUUUACUGCCAGUGUCCCAGAGGCUAUGUGCUCAAUGAGGACACCAGGAUCUGUGAGGAUGUGAAUGAGUGUGAAAGACCAGGGAUCUGUGGCCCGGGGCAGUGCUACAACACCAUCGGGAACUACACCUGCAUUUGCCCCGCGGACUACAUGCAAGUCAAUGGAGGAAACAACUGCUUGGACAUGAGGAAGAGUCUGUGCUACAGGAAGUUUUACUCAGACAACAGCAGCUGCGACGGAGAGCUGGCCUCCAACAUGACCAAGAAGAUGUGCUGCUGCUCCUACAAUGUGGGCCGUGCCUGGAACCACCCCUGCGAGCAGUGCCCGGUUCCCAGCACCACUGAGUUUGUCGCCCUGUGUGGCUCUGAAAGAGUCGGAUUUACUGAAAAGGACGGCAAGAUUGUAGACAUCGACGAGUGCCGGGAUACCCCCAGCGUUUGUCAGCAUGGCGUGUGCAUCAACAUGAUUGGCAGUUUCCGCUGCGAGUGUCCCAUGGGCUUUGUCUAUAACGACAGGCUGCUCGUCUGUGAAGACAUUGACGAGUGCCAGAACGGCCCGGUGUGCCAGCAGAACGCCGUGUGUGUCAAUCUGCCCGGGAGCCACCGCUGUGAAUGCAAGCCAGGCUACCGCUUCACCCCCAGUGGCCAGUGUCUUGAUCGGAACGAAUGUGUGGAGAUCCCGAAUGUCUGCAACCCAGGGCAGUGCGUCGAUACCCUCGGGAGCUACCGCUGCGUCUGCCCCAACGGAUACAAGGCAACAGCCGACUCCUCCAUGUGCAUCGAUGCGGAUGAGUGUGACAGACAGCCAUGUGGGAACGGGACCUGUAAGAACACCGUGGGCUCGUACAGGUGUCUCUGUUACCCCGGUUUCCAGCUCUCCCACAACAGCGACUGCGUCGACCAUGAUGAAUGCGCCUCACUGAGGGGCCUGUGCAGGAAUGGCGACUGCAUCAACACAGUGGGGUCCUUCUUCUGCUUCUGCCGAGACGGGUUCGAGCUCACGCCGGAUGGCCGCACCUGCGUGGAUAUUAACGAGUGUCUGGUGAAUCCUGGAACCUGUGGCCCGGGAACGUGUCAGAACCUGGACGGCUCCUACAGGUGCAUCUGCCCAGCCGGGUACUACCUGGUGGACGAGACUUGCGAAGAUGUGGACGAGUGCUCACAGACCCCGGAUCUGUGCACGUUCGGCACCUGCACCAACACGGAAGGCAGCUUCAAGUGCGUCUGCCCCCCAGGCUUCAAGCUGUCCUCCUCAGGGAGGAGGUGCAAUGAUGUCCGGGUGAACUACUGCUUCUCCAAGUUUGAGAAUGGAGUCUGCCAGUCUGCCCAGCCCAGCAACACCACCAAGGCCCGGUGCUGCUGCAGCAUGCUGCCCGGACAGGGAUGGGGCAACCCCUGCGAAAUCUGCCCCACCAUGGAGGAGGAGGGCUACAAUUUGCUCUGCUCUGGCACUGGCCAUUUCACCAGGCCUGAUGGUGAAACUAUAGACAUAGACGAGUGUGCGGACCACCCCGGCGUCUGCAAGAACGGCCAGUGCAUCAACACGGACGGCUCCUUCCGCUGCGAGUGCUCCUUCGGAUUCCGGCUGGACUUCACCGGGAUCAACUGUGAAGAUAUCAACGAGUGUGGGCUGGGCAACCCGUGUGGCAACGGGACGUGCACCAAUGUGGUGGGGGCGUUCGAGUGCACCUGCGAUGAGGGCUACGAGCCCGGGCCCAUGAUGACCUGCGAAGAUGUGAAUGAGUGUUCCCAGAAUCCUUUGCUCUGUGCCUUCCGCUGUGUCAACACGGAGGGCUCCUAUGAGUGUAAAUGUCCCACUGGCUAUGUCCUGCGUGAUGAUGGCAGGAUGUGCAAAGACCAGGAUGAGUGUGAGGAAGGCAUCCAUGACUGUGAUUCCAAGGGGAUGACCUGUAAGAAUCUGAUCGGCACGUUCAUGUGCAUCUGCUCCCCGGGGUAUAUCCCGCAGCCCAGCAGAGACAGGUGUAUGGAUCUGAAUGAAUGCUCUGCCAAGCCGGGUAUCUGUGUGAACGGUCGCUGUCAGAACAUUAUCGGCAGCUAUCGAUGCAGCUGUAACGACGGCUUCAUCGCCAACCCCACGCAGACGGAGUGUAUCGAUAACAGACAGGGCUUCUGCUUCACCGAAGUGCUCCAAACCCUGUGCCAGAAGUCCUCCAGCAGCAGGGUCAGCGUCUCCAAGUCAGAGUGCUGCUGCAACAGUGGGCGGGGCUGGGGGCCCACCUGUGAGCUCUGCCCCCUGAGCGGGACCAAGACCUUCAAGAAGCUGUGCCCCCUGGGGCCCGGCUACGGCAUCGAUGGGAAAGACAUCGAUGAGUGCCGUAUCAUGGACAACCUCUGUCGCAACGGCCAGUGUGUGAACACUCUCGGCUCCUACAACUGCAUCUGCAAGCCGGGGUACACCACACACAUCACCAGGACCACCUGCGUGGAUGUGGAUGAAUGUACCCAGGCUCCAAAGCCCUGCAACUUCAUCUGUAAAAACACGGAUGGGGGGUACCAGUGCUCCUGCCCUCGGGGUUACCUGCUGCAGGAAGACGGCAAGAGCUGCAAAGACCUGGACGAGUGUGCAACAAAAAAGCACAACUGCCAGUUCCUGUGUGUGAAUACCAUCGGCAGCUUCACCUGUAAAUGCCCACCUGGCUUCUCACAGCAUCACACCACCUGCAUAGAUAAUAACGAGUGCACUGCAGAUCCGGGUGUCUGCGGGUCGAACGGGGUCUGCCAGAACAGCCCGGGCACUUACAGAUGCGAGUGCCAGCGUGGCUUCUCCAUGGACCCCGGGGGACACAGCUGCGAAGACACAGACGAGUGUGACGGUACCCACCACUGCCAGCACGGCUGUCAGAACAUGGUUGGCGGGUACCGGUGCAACUGCCCACAGGGCUACCUCCAGCACUACCAGUGGAACCAGUGCGUGGAUGAGAACGAGUGCCAGAGCAGCCAGGUGUGCGGCGAGGCCAACUGCCACAACACGCUGGGCAGCUUCCGCUGCGUGUGCCCCACCGGGUUCGACUUCCAGCAGCACGGAUCGGGCUGCCAGGACGUCAACGAAUGCUCCUCCCAAAACCCCUGCAGCCACGGCUGCUCCAACACCAACGGGGGCUACCUCUGCGCCUGCCCCCCCGGGUUCUACAGGGCCGGGCACGGGCACUGUGUCUCAGGGUUAGGUUUGGGGCCCCCAGAAGCUGAGCAGGGGGGCCCUGGGGACGAUAACGCGCUCUCACCAGAGGCGUGCUAUGAGUGCAAAAUCAACGGCUAUCCCAAGAAGGGCAGGACCCGCCGCAGCACGAACGGAACUGAGGAGCCACACACACACUCUCAGAAUGAACAAGAGACCAUCAGCUUGGCGAGUGUAGACAUUGAUGACACCCUGCUGUUGAGCUUCAACAUCAGUGACCUGAACCACAAACAGCACCUGCUGGAGUUCAUCCCCGCCCUCUCCACCCUGACCGACCACGUCCUGUACGCCAUCGAAUUCGGCAACGACGACGGCCUCUUCAAAAUCAACCACAGGGACGGAGUCAGUUACCUCCACCUGACCAAGAAGAAAGUGCUUCCUGGAGCGUACUACCUCCAGAUCGGCAGUGUGCCUUUGUACAGGAAGGAGGAGAUCGCUCGACUGGAGGAGGAGAACACCAAAGACUACCUCACGGGACAGCUGGGAGACGCACUCAAAAUGAAAGUGCAGAUCGUCCUCCAUUAACUCUUUGCGAGGGGAUGAAAUUAAAAGGCUUGUAUCCAAAGAGAUGUGGGUGGA